AAACGACGUCAACUUCCAAGAUGGCGCCGGUUGUUCGUGUCUAGAGUCCAAAUUGUUCUGCCUGGCUCUGUCUGAGCCGUCAUGAGGAAGAGGAGGAAGAGGACCGCCGUCCCAUUCGUCCUGUGACCCAGUCCCUCUGGAUGGACCGUGUGGUUCUGCACUACCGGCCCGGCUCGGCGCUGCGCCUCUCCACCCUGCUGCAGCAGACUCAGAGGCUGCUGGAGCCGCCGGCCCUCCGGCCGCCGCCGGCCUUCAGGCCCUGGUUCCCCCGCGGCUCCGCCCACCGCCGGCCCAUCAGACCGGCCAAACCACCUCCCCGCAUCGGCCCAGCAGGGGGCGUCCCCACAGAGAACCAGCCUGGGAUAACGGACUGGAUGCAGGACGCGCCCGGCCGUGUCCAACUCGUGGCACCCGGAACCGGUCCAGGGACUGAAAGAGACGUCCCGGCGGUCAGGAGGUCCUGGAGCGUCUCCAGGCAGAGCGGAGUCCAGGUGGAGAGCCGCAUGUCUCUGUCCUCCCGUCUCCGUCGCCUGGUGUCCCUCCACCGGCUCCACCUGCGCCAGCGCGCCAAGUGGGUCAUCACCCAGCAGAACUGCAGCGACCUGGAGGAGGCCUGGCGCUGCCUGAGCCGCUCCGUCCGCCGCGCUGGGCUGCCGACCUGCAACGCCAACAUCCAGCGGGAGCGGGCGGAGAUCUGGGUGUUCUGCGACGUCCUGCACUGUGAGCAGGUGGGACGCCACCUGAAGGACGAGCUGUGGCUGGCGGGUCGGAUCCACCUGGCCGUCCACCGGCUGGGGAACAUCUUCAGCAUGUAGCCCGGGUCCGGCUGGACAGAACCACCCAAACAGGAAACAACUCGGGCGAUAACCUGGCUCAUUCAGCCCAGCAUGAAUGUCACACCUUCAUAAAACACAUUUAGGUAGCGAGAUAAAUAUUUAGCAUGAAACGUAAAUGUUUAUCUUGUUAGCUGAACAUGUAGAAGUAGCUUGCUAGCUGACUGCUAGUUACCAAGCUAAAUGUGCUACAUGUUCAGUAACCAGGCUACAUAUUUAGAAAAGGAAGUGACUCACUGUGACAUUUAUAGAUGAAGGAAUGAUGUGGUUACAAUGUUUUUCUCUCCAUGACCGGAUCAAUAUUCCAGAUUGUUGCUCGGGUUCAGUGAGUUCUGCUGGAGUUGAAGCAGAACCAGAGAUGAAGGAAUCGGACCGCCAGACGUCCCUGAUUGGGGCGAAGGUGGAGAUUUUUAUGGAUUCAUAAAUUUGACCUGGAUGAGUCGAUGUUUCUACUGAAUAAAUCCCUGAACUCUGAUCAAUUUUAUUUCUCUGCCUGAAAUUCUGAUGAACAGUUUUAUCUCAGAAACAUGUCUUUGUUUCCUCCUGUAUAAAUAUGUAAAUGUUUUUAAAGAAUCAGUUUUUCUAUUAAUGAGUUGAGAUGUGGUCUUAUGAUUUCUUCUGCAUUUAUUAAUAAACUGCUCUUAAUGGUU